GUCACCACGACGAAAACAACGACCCUCUACGACAACAUCGUGGCUCAAUGCUAAAGCAAGGGUCAACGGUGCGAGACUUUGCGUCUGCCUUUGAACAUGAGCGGCAAGCGUUGGUCAAAGAUCUCGAGUCGAUGCGCCUCCAGCUUUUGCGCAAGGACGACCAAUGCAAGAAGAGCGCGGCCGUUGCAAGUUCCCAGCUCAUCGCGUUGAAGAAGGAGCUGGGCGAACUGCACAGCCAGCGGGUGCUCGUGGAAAAAGAGAGCGACUUGUACCAGCAAAAGUGCAAGGACUUGACAACGCUGUUGGAAACGUCGUAUGACCAGCACGAAGAGGACCAGACCAAGAUCGUCAAACUGUCUGAAAACCUCAAACGACUCAAGAAAAAGUACGACGACGGGCUCAACAUGGCGCGGAAAGAAGCCACGAUUUCCGUCAUGAACACGCACGAAGAGCGCAAGUCGCUCAAAGUAAACGCGGAGCGGCUGCGGUGCAAACUCAACACAGAGCGAAAGGAAUGGAUGGACACUAAGCAGUCGCUUCUGGAGACAGUCGAGGAGCACCGGUCACGCACCGACUGCCUCGAGCGCGAGCUGCGCGAAGCCAAACUGAGCGAAAAGAGCUACCGGAUGUGCCAGGACCAGCUACAAGCCGAAAUCCGCAGCUUGAAGCACGACCUGUCGGUUGCCGUGACAGACCACAGCGUGGCGAAACUAGCGAUUGAAAAGUACAAGAACGAGAUCUGCCGCGUCGUGGAAGAGACGCGGAUGCAGCGGGACAGCGACCAGACGCUGCUCGAGCGGCUCCAUAUGGCCCAAGAGGACGCGACUAUGAGCUGGCGAAGUCGCACCGCGCUGUUUCAUGAAAACUGCACACUCAAGCAAAACCUGUACGCCGCGCAGCAAAAAUACGACGGCGUGGUCUCCAAACGAAAGCAAGACAAGGCAGCUAGCAGCAUGCUCACGGAAGAAUUGUCCGAGGUGCGCCGAGACACCAAGCGCAUGUCUAUGGCGUGGGAGGCGCAGUCAGUGGAGCAGACGCAGCGCAUGAAGCGAAGUCACAUCGAAGCCAUCGACUUGCUCAAGGAGCGGCACGCUGCGGAACUUCUACAGCUGACGGUCGAGAACGAGAGGAAGUUGGCCAAGUCGGACGCGUCCCACCGCGUGAUGCUGGAAGAACUCGGCGCGGCGCAUCGAGAUCAAGUGCAGGCGGCGCGCGAUGUGGUGGAAAAGCAAAUGCACAUGGCCGUGAACCAGGUGCAAGUGCUGUGCGAGUCCACCCAGCAUAAGCUGCUCAGUGUGACCAAAGAGAAAGAAGGUGCGGAAAUGCAAGUUCGCGAGCUCCAACAAGAGCUGGACGCGUGGCGCGACAAGGAGAAGAAGCUGAUUCAGAUCAUGGAACAUGCCCAACGAAUGAAUGCGAAUGUCGAAGAACGACAUUUGUCCUUGGAGUGCAAGCACUUGGAUGCGCAAAAACAGCUGGAAGAGUUGGCUUUGAGUGUACAAAGCUUGCAAGCUACGAUCGCCAACCAGCGCGACUUGAUCGAUGAGCUCGAGCGGUCGCGUCAAGUCCAGGCGGACGAGUACGUUCGGGAGCUGGGGGGGGUUGAGACGGAAAAACUCGAAUGCAGGCGAGAAAUCGCCCACUUGCAAGAACAGCACUCGCGCGAUGUGCUAGCUUUGGAAGUCAUGAAGCGCAACCAAGACCACACCAUCAAGCAAAUUACACAAGCUCAGUUUAGUGCGAAUCGAUUGAUUGAAGAGCAAGCGAAGACGAUCGAGGAUCUAUUGGAAUCUCGCAUGAACCAACCCAACGAGGCGAACAACGCAUCCUGCCGGCGACCACAGUGCCAUGCCGUGGCCGAGGCCUUGCACGACAUGCAGAGCAACAGUCCGUCGCAACAUCAACUAGACGACUUGCAAACCCUGCUGAAACAGACAAACCAUCAAGUGAGUGUGUUGGAGAGGGAGAAGCAAAAGCUGGCGAGGGUCGUCGAAGAGCAAGCCGUGACGAUCCACGAGCUCACCAUGCAGGAUGAACACGGCGUUAAUGGUAUCAAUGACGGCAGCGACGCAAGUUCUAACAGUGGCAACAGCCCUGAGACACACAAGUGGGAUGACUUGUUCGAGGAAGUGCAGAUGAGUUGAAAUUCCGGAUAAUUAACGUAUGUGAUUGGUCGCA